UACACGCUCCAGCAGCGCAGCUCUGCUCCGCGCUCCCUCCUCCUCGCCCUCCGUGCAGGAUAGCUGCCUGAGCCAGGGUCUGCUUCUCGCAGGAAGGCAUCUCAGGCGGCUCCGGUGGAUGUGGGGAGUGGAUGGCCCCGGCUCCGCUCCUGAAGGGGCUCUGCGCUGAAGAUGGAUGACUUGGCUCUCCUUGACCUGUUGGAGUGUCCCGUGUGCUUUGAAAAGCUCGAUGCCACAGCAAAGGUGCUGCCGUGCCAGCACACUUUCUGCAAGCCCUGUCUGCAGAGGAUCCUGAAAUCCCAGAAGGAGCUCCGGUGCCCCGAGUGCAGGACCCUCGUCCUGGGCAGCAUCGAGCAGCUGCCCUCCAACCUGCUCCUCAUUCGCCUCCUGGAUGGAGUCAGGUGUGGACAAAACGUCACCAGGUUUGGCUCGGUCCAGAGGUCGGGGGUCCUGUCCUCCCCCGCCUCCAUCAGGAGAGUCCCCAGGGGGCUGCAGCUGCACCAGCACCGGCUGGCAACGAAUCCUCGGAUCCACAUGGAGGGGGUGCCACGAGCCAGGGCCCUGUACACCUACCGCGGGCACAGCCCCGGGGAGCUGCGCUUCAACAAGGGGGACACCAUCGCGCUGCUGCGGCAGCUGGACGAGAACUGGUACCUGGGCGAGCUCAACGGCAUCAGCGGCGUUUUCCCGGCCAGCUCCGUGCAGGUCAUCAAGCACCUGCCCCUGCCGCGCCCGCUCUACAGCCUGGACCCGCGGGGCCGGGACAAGGCGGAGGGCAAGGACGCCCCGACCUUCCCGAAGCCGAGCAGCCCCGCGCAGCAGCUCCUGCAGGCCACCAAGGGCCACUGGUCCCCCCCGCCCAAGGGCGCGUCCCUGCGCGCGGCGGCGGCCAAGGCCAAGGCCGCGGACUCGGCGGCUUUCCCCAAGGUGCCCGACUCCAGGCGGAAGAGCCUGCGGCAGUUCUCCAUCACCACGGCCCUCAACACCCUGAACCGCAUGGUGCACGCGCCCGCCGAGCGCCCGGCGCUGCAGAUCAGCUCCCCCGUGCUCAUCAGCUCCAGCAACCCCACCGUGGCCACCCAGAGCAGCGAGAAAGCCGAGCUCCCCUGCGGGACCCCGCUGCAGGUCAGCACCUCUUACUACCCCACACCAGGACCACUGGGGCCCCCAGCAGCCAUCGUCACCCUUCCCCACCUGCAGCACCACGGGCCAGCCUACCUGUGCGUGGCUCUCCACUCCUACGCGGCUCAUGGACCAGACGAGCUGGAGCUGCAGAAGGGAGAAGGGGUCCGCGUCUUCGGCAAGGACCAGGACGGGUGGCUGCGGGGCAUGUCCCUCGUCACCGGCAGAGUCGGCCUCUUCCCCAGCAACUACGUCACUCCCCUCUUCAGGAAAUCCAGUCUCUCCGACUCGAAGAUGCCUUCCCUGUACACCUCAUGGACGCUGUCGACCUCCUCGCUGUCCUCCCAGGGGAGCAUGUCCGAGAGCGGCCCGAGGCAGAGCCGGGCCCUGCGGCCGCUGCUGCUGCCCGUGCCCGUCCCUUCCCCCGGGCGGGGCGCGCUGGCACCGGCCCCGCUGCGGCGCGGCCGCGGCAGCACCAGGAGGAACGGAUCCCUGCAGAGGUCAGGACAGGCGGGGACCCCCGUGCAGAUCACCGGCUCCCUCAGGCGUCCCACGGCUGCGGGGCGACCUCAGCACUUCCAGCUUUACCCGCACGUCAGCUCCCCACCGCACAGCGUCCCUCCCGGAGCCGGCGUGGACGAGACAACGAGGCCGAACUCCUCCUAUGAGGCUUCACCGGCGCUGCUGGUCAGGGGAGGGGAGAGCCGGAGCCCCUCCGUGUGCAGCUCGGUGAUCCUGGACGCCAAAGACCCCUCGGUGAAGAGCGAGGCAGCUCCAAAGCCGCCUGCAUCAGCCCCGCCGUCCAUCCUGGUGAAACCAGAAACCUCCCGCAACAGCGCCGAGAAGCAAGUGAAGACGGUGCGGUUCCAGAACCACAGCCCGCCGCCGCCCAAGCGGCACAGCCUGCAGCCCUCGCCGAGCCUGCCCCGCAGCAGGACCGAGCCCGGGCCCGAGGGGCUCCUGGCCGAGCCCCGCCUGGGCCCCGAGCUGCUGGUGCUGUACUCGCCGCGCCUGGGCUCCAGCCCCCUGCACCCGCGCCGGGCGCUGCACCCCAAGGCGCUGUCGCUGGACCUCUCGGGGCAGCUGACCUUCCCCAUCAAGAAGAGCUACAGCAGCAUCUCAGCAAACUGACCGGGUAACCCGCGCCGGCCUUCCUCCCCGCUCCUGCUCCUCUCCCUCGCUCCCGGCGGGCGCCCAGCCCUGCAUCCUCCCCCGGGCGGGGCCGCUGCUCCCGCACCGCCGGCACCCUCGGCCGGCGAGCCUGGGGCUCGCAGAGAGCUGCGGGCACCUCUGAGGGACCCCCGGCCCGGGGCUGGGGAGCACGGCGAGAUGUGCCGGGCUCUGCCGCACAUCUCUGCCCGCACAUCUCCCGGACCUUCCCCGGGCCGCUGCCCGCGCCGCACCACCGGAGCAGCGGCACGGGAGGAACGCGUGCAGGUAUCGGAAGGAGUUACACUUGCUUUGAUCUCCUCAGGGCUGCAGGAAAGCCCACGGAGAUCAAACACUGGCUCAUUACCUGCCUGCCUCAGGAUAAAGAAACCGUAAAUCAGAAUCAGUCAGCUCCUGGCUGAUGGUUCAUGCUGCCUUUGAGGGGAGGGGGUCACUCCGAUCUUUCAUUAGGGUGGUUGCUUGCUUGCUUUUCUCAUUGGUUUUAGCCUAGGAAUUUUAACACAGAAGCCUAAAAGGUGAUUUGGAGGGCAAAGAGCCAAUGCAAGGGGCUUUGCCAUCACUGCAGUCACCCAGGCUCUGCAGUGAGGGCACUGAAUCUCCCUUAUCCUCCUUGCUUGCUUUUCCUCUGGUCACCUGUCAGCUACCUCCUGCCCAUGAGCUCCUUCCAGCCCCUUCCCACCACCCACCCACUCAGAUGUGGCUGUUGUAAAUACCUUAAGUGGGAUUCAUGGGUUUCAGAUGCAUGAAACACUGCCUGUGUGACAGAGAGCAGAACUCAGAGCUCACCAUGCCCCAGACCCCCUCUGCCCCAGCACCACCAGCUCUGGCUUCCAGCUUGCCCCAGUCCAAGCAUUCCCCUGUGAAUCCCAGGGAAGGCAGCAGAGCUCUGCUGGCUCACAGCUGUGCCUGCUCUCCAUCAAACCUCUGCACAGCAGAUUUUGGUUUUCAUACUUGGUUUCCAUCGCUGGUUUAUCCAUCGGCAGUUCCCAGCCCAGCUGCAGGCACCAGCCGCCCUCUCCUGACAGGAGGAGCUGUGCUCCCUCCAAAACUGCCCUGAAAUCCCAUCCUCGGCUACCUGCAUACUGACCCGGGGAAGAAACUCCACUGGUCAAUGGGAGACUCCUCAGAGAAGGACAUUUUUUUCCUAAAAACACACAAAGGGAAUGGAUAAAACAAUUCACUACACCACAACCCCCGGGCCUUCCCUCUUCCAGACUUCCAGUUUGUGGAGCAGGAAAGCUGGGUCUGCCUGCGGGGAUUUUCAGUGGCACAGCAACCUCCGGGGCACAGAUCUGUUCUCACUCUGGGCUCUCUGUCAGUAUUCCAGCUCCUGCAGAAACACCCCAACAAGCUGAAAGCGUGCUCUGUGCCCAGGUAUAAAAGGUGGCAGCAGCUGCAAAAAUGAGAGUGAGUCCAACCAAUGCCACCUCUGAGACAGCUAAAUGCCUCAGAGGAGACGUGCUGGUUCUGUGCUGAGGACUCCUGUCAUCCUUUUAAAGCUGAACCAGAAAGCAGCUGGCUCUGUCGCCGAGACACAUCCACAUAUCCCAGCACGCCCAGAAAUGAACAGAAUUGCACUCAGUCCAUCAGCCCCUCUCUCCCUCUGAGAACUAAGAAUGCAAACACUGGCUCCAAAACGUUUUAGUUGGAAACACCAGAGCAGCCUGGAACUGUGUAAAAUCACACAUUUAUCAUUCUCAGGAGUUUAUUCACUGCCCAACAGUCAGUGCAGUUAAUCUGUGAAACAGCAUGUUUGAAGAGUAAUCACAGCUCAAAGCUUUUCAAGUUUUUUGUCAUGAAGUUCAGUAUCUGUCCCAUUUAAAAAGUAACUUCCAAAUAUUCAUGAGAUCAGCGUUUAGAACCCCAAACUGUCCACGAAGCCCUUGGGAGCUCCACAGGCUGAUCCCUUAGUCCAUGUUCCCAAUGGGAAGCGCUGAUGGAUCCGAGUGCCUGGGGAACAGCACCCAAGGGACCCCCCAUGUCAGGCUGAGCAGGACUGUAAGGGUAACAAAGGGGGAAGAAGAUCUAUCUGCACCAAAGUUACAGCCAAAAUAGAUCUCACAGGCAGAAGGGGUCAAUAAAAGUUCCCUAAUCCUUUACAUGACCAAGCAGGGAGUUCCAUUGUCUGCUUUCUGCAUCCAGCCCAGGGAAUGCUCCAAUGAAAUGUUACAGCCAGGUCACCAUCAGUAAGAAAUCAUAAAUUACUAUUUUUACAUAUAUAUCUUAGAAACAGUAGGAUGUAUAACCUUUGCUUAGUUGGUGAUGGGUAGGAGGAAUAAAUAAAAUAUGUUUAGUUUAUUGUUCAGAGACACUUGUACAAAUUCAGGGAUGCUGAAUAUUUUUUCCAUGAAGAGAAGUUCAUUUUUUUAAAAGGUUUUUUCAAUUUAAGGUACUAUUUGGGGGAAAAGUCAAUAAACAAGAAGAUAUUAGUUUCCUGUUUUGUACUAAUCCUCAAGCUAUUUAUUUUGUAUUUCUGUAAAAAAAAGCAAUGGUUUAAAGACAUUUUAAGUUUUCAGAAGUUUAUUCAUCUAAGUUUAUAGCACUAAUGCUUAGCUCUGUAGCCUGUAGAUAAUUAAAUUAAUUGGGGCCAAGUGGAUUGCUGCCCCUCAUGCACUGGGGGGGCACUGGGGAAAAUGGGACUCAGGAAAGCUUUGGCACCCACCGUGUGAGACACCAGCCUGUGGGAGCUGCUGUGGCACCAUUAAAACUUUUUGCAUGAAA